AUGCCUGCAAAGCAGCCAAGUUCAGUUGUCCCCGCACAACUAUCUUUCCUUACGAUAUACAACCCGUCCCUUGGAUCUACGGAGGAGACUCUCAGAGAUCAAAUCGUCUUCUACUAUUCAACAAAGGAAAAUGAAGGGCCAUCAAUAAGGACACAACGGAGGAGUACGCGGGGAGCCGUUAGCGAUGAUACUGAAGUCGAUAACAAUGAGAAGUUGCGCCAGAUAGGUCUCGCGCAGGGUAUGGUGAGCUUCGGGAAGAACUUCUCCAAUGGUGAAGCGGUAGACACAGUUGAGACGGAAAAGUCUCGGAUCGUGUUGCAUGAGCUGGAAUCCGAGUCACCCGCCUCACCGCAACCACGGCCAGAGAAUGCGCCGGCACCUCGAGUUGAAUAUUCUUCCCGCGAAGUUGCCCCUUCACAUCUUAUCCUUCAGCAACUUCUUAGAGCGCAUUCCAUAUUCCUCCUCCAUCACGCGCCCUCCCUCGGCAUUCUCUACACACGUCUGCAGAGGCCAGCAUUUUGCAGUGCACUAGAGCAGUUUUGGACAAAAUUUAUAUGGAAUUGGGAUCCUCUUUUGAAUGGAAACCCAGCAGUUGAGAUCUUCAAUGGUAUCAAACUUGCGGCGACUGGGGAACUAGGGAUUGGUGUUGGAGAAGAGGAAUGGGGGAGUGGAGAACGCGAAGUUCUGGAAGAUUUUGUUUCGAGAACAGAUGGCCUGGUUGAUCUGGUAGUAUCUCGUUUUGGAGAUACGUCUCCCAAUCACCAGUAUGAUAAUUCCACCGCCCAGCACCCAGCAAAUAUUGGACUAGUUGGGGAAAGUCACCAGUGGAUAGGGUGUAACGCCAUUCCGCAUUCAUUUGAUGGUGUGGUAUUCUCGGGAGUCGGGGCUAUUUCCAGGCAGUCUCUUACUCGAGUCUCCCACUGGAUGGAGUGGAUAUACAGGUAUGGGGAAGACUCAUUCGGGGUCAGACAUGAUCCCAGAUCCAUCCGAAGACGAAAACGACGAAAAGUCCCCGAGGGCAGAGCCUCAAGUGGUGAAACCAAGACCCUUUCAAAGUCACCGAGCCAUACUCCAAAACGCAGUUUGUCUCCUGGAAUCCCUCCUCCUUUGGUGGUAGGAUCUACACCCAAACCUGCCGCUGAAAUCUCGAAAUCUGGAGAAAAUAACUCACGAGAUGGCAUAAAACGUUCUACAGAAGAGCCCGCUGAUCCGUCCGGAUUUGGUACGGAAAAGUUUAUGAAAUUACUCACUCUAGGAUACGGAACAUCUUGGGUUGAUUCUUCGAACUUUUCCCUGUCCCACCCUCGAGUAAAUUUUUUGAAAUUCGGUGGCAGCCCACAGCAAGCCCCAUCAGAGACUGACUCUUUGUCCAUGACUAGCUCCACUGAACAAGAAAGCACAUCGCUUCCACGGCUGCACAAUAACGGGAGGUUUAUAAUAGGGCUUCGUGAUGACCCAGAGAUUGAGGAGAGCGAUGAAGAAGCGGAUCCACAAGGCCCCGGACCAGGACAUACGCCAGCGAAAGGGGCUCAAAGAGAGAGAACCGUCUUACGGAUACUAACUCUAAUGAUGCGGGAGCGCACGAAAAAUGAGGAUUUUGAUGAUACGACAUCCAUCGAUAAAUAUAAGGAUCUACAAGUCGUAGUAUAUCUGAACCAACCAUUCAUGUUCACAUUCCUCUUUGAACCUCAAACGCCUUCGUUACUAUCCCCAACGUUUUACAGAAGUAUCCAUCACCAAAUCGGGCCUCUUCAAAAGCCUCUGUUAUUAUCAACCUCAAUAGACAAGAUCCCCCAACGAAGUCCACUCUGGACUCAGUAUCGAAACUCAAAGGAUAGUCCCAGUGAACAGUCUCCUCUCUAUGACAUUAUUUAUGACCCUACAACGCGUUUUAUUCACACAUCCCUCCCAAACAUUCCGGAGCCAGGAAUGCCCGUGCAAACAAUAAAACUAUCAUCCGCCGGUUCCUCUGAACCAACAUGGACCCGCCAGGAUACUCUCAACGUCCAUACGCAAAUCAUAAAUACAUAUAUCGAAACCCGAAGUCGCGCGUCUGAGAUCGAACGGACGUGCAGGACAAGCCGGGGCUGGUGGGUAUUGUGGAUGCGGUUAAGGGACUCCAGUGUGGGCUCGCAUGGUGCCAUACAAGGAGAAGAGGAAGAAGGAAAACAACAGCAGUCACAUACUCCAUCAGCCCAUCACCGGAGCCGCGAACAGCCUCCCAAGGAAGCGUUCCUCGUCCGGAAAGCCAGCGACCACACUACAUCAGGCCACACUCGUUAUUCCAGCAGAGGAGGGUUCUUCCGCGACAAUAUCGGUGCAUCAGGCACUUCGCAGUCCAGUGCAGGGGAUGGCCGAGGAAGCUGGACUGGUCCCGCGAAACUCGCCGAAGGUGUGGGACUAGAUGCCCGAAGGUAUAUCGAGGCCCUGUUGAAUUUGAACCGGUAG